AGUGCUCCUCAUCAAUGGCAAUGCAGACAAACAAGAGUGGAAAAAUGAGAACUUUUUUUUUUGCCUGGGAAGUAGUAAACUAGUAAUCAAUCUUGCCAUAAAAGCAGACAAAGAAGGAGGCUCCAUCUCCAUAGUCCUGCACCUUGCACACCACUCCUAACUACUCCUCAUUCCUCCCCCCCCCUCUCUCUCUCUCUCUCUCUCUCCACUGCUCCAACCUCCAUAGAUUCCACCAUUAAACAACAGCCAAGCUCUCUCUCUCUCUUGCUGGCUCCAAGACACUCACACACGGCCAAAGCGCCACUUUGCGCCGGUUUUCCUGCCUUAUAUUUCCUUGUUGUCUCUUCUUUGUUUUACUUCCUAAAAAGCUCUUGGUUUUGAAGUUUCUCUUGGAUUUCCCUGGUUUCUUCCUUUGUUUUAGUAUUCCAAUCUUGUAGUCAUAGGAAAACUCUCGACUUUUAGAUCUCUUGUCCCUUUUUUAUGUUUCCCUGGAUUUCCCUGAUUAAAAAUUCCAUCUUGGAUGUCCUUCUCUUUGUUUUUCUUCCUCAAAUCUCUUGAUUUUGAAGUCUUGUCUUAGAUUUCCUUGGUUUCUUUCUUUGUUUUAGUUAUUCUUCUUUGUGUUUCCCUCCUUAAAAAUUCCAUCUUGAACCUCAAUCUCUGAAAAAGAUCCCACCUUUGUCUUCAUUCAGUGAUGGCGAUCAAAAUCCUGGCGGCGUUGUGUUUGUUGUCCAUGCUUCUCCUGCGUUGCAGCUCGGCGGAGGAGGAGGAGGCAGUGACUUGCUCCGGCAUUGUGCCGAUGAGGGGGCGGGCGGAGGUCAUAUCAAUCACUGACUUUGGAGGUGUUGGCGAUGGCCUGACUCUCAACACCGCUGCGUUCCAAGCAGCCAUCUUUCGGAUCAGCCAUCUCCGGCGGCGCGGCGGCACUUUGUUGUAUAUCCCUGCUGGAGUUUGGCUCACCGGGAGCUUUGAUCUCACUAGUCAUAUGACUCUCUAUCUUGCCAAAGGGGCUGUCAUCAAAGCCACACAGGAUACGACCAAGUGGCCAUUGAUUGAUCCCCUUCCAUCUUAUGGAAGAGGCCGGGAGUUACCAGGCCAACGAUAUAAGAGUUUCAUUCAUGGCAAUGGACUUCAUGAUGUUAUUAUAACAGGAGAGAAUGGUACCAUUGAUGGUCAAGGUGAUGUUUGGUGGAAUAUGUGGAGGCAAAGAAUACUUCCUUUCACAAGACCAAAUCUUGUCGAGUUUAUGCAUUCUGGAAAUAUCUUAAUUUCUAAUACCAUAUUUCAGAAUUCACCGUUUUGGAAUAUCCAUCCCGUUUAUUGCAGCAAUGUGGUAGUAAGAAAUGUUACUAUAUUGGCUCCAUUUGAUUCUCCAAACACUGAUGGAGUCGACCCAGAUUCCAGCUUGAAUGUUUGCAUCGAGGAUUGCUACAUUUCAACUGGAGAUGACUUGGUCGCGGUGAAGAGUGGGUGGGAUGAGUAUGGCAUUGCUUAUGGCCGUCCUAGCUCCGGCAUUACCAUCCGAAGGGUCACAGGAUCUUCGCCUUUUGCUGGAAUUGCCAUCGGGAGUGAAACUUCAGGAGGAGUGGAUAAUGUCUUGGUGGAGAAUGUAAAUAUCUACAACACGGGCAUUGGCAUCCACAUAAAGACCAACAUAGGCCGGGGAGGUUACAUAAAGAACGUCUCUAUAUCGGAUGUCUACCUGAACAAAGUUCGCAAGGGGCUGAGAAUAGCAGGAGAUGUGGGGGACCACCCUGACAGCAAGUUCAACCCGAAUGCACUUCCGGUUGUGGACGGGUUGAUAAUCAAGAAUGUUCGGGGUGAGAAUGUUCUGCAGCCGGGAUCAAUACAAGGCAUCAAGAACUCACCCUUCACAAGGAUUUGUCUUUCAAAUGUAAAGCUCUUCGGUGAUUGGUCACAAUCUUGGAAGUGCAUGGAUGUGAGCGGUGCUGCGCUCGAGGUUCAGCCAGCUCCUUGCCAGGAGCUGACUAGCACCUUUGAUGUGAGCUUCUGUGCCAAUGCUGUUUGAAUGUUUGAAAAUCUGCGUUGUUUUCUUUAAUGAUGCUUACCUUCGUCCUUGUGCAAAAUGAAUUGUUUGUACUAGAAUUCAGAAAUAAAUUUUGUUAAGUAAUUGAAUGAUGAUUGCCCAUAAUA